AUGUCAAAAGAGCACUUGCGAUCUCAGAAGAAGAUGACAUGUAACCCGUCGUUGUUGUGCUGUCUUGCAGAUAACUUCCUUUUUAGUGAUGAAAUCAUAGCCAAUGGCUUUCACUCCUGUGAUAGUGAUGAAGAUGACAGAGCCUCACAUGCAAGUUCUAGUGAUUGGACCCCAAGACCACGUAUAGGUCCCUACACUUUUGUUCAGCAGCAUCUCAUGUUAGGUACAGACCCACGGACAAUUCUGAAAGACCUGCUACCAGAAACAAUCCCUCCACCUGAACUGGAUGAUAUGACACUGUGGCAAAUUGUUAUAAACAUUCUUUCAGAACCACCAAAAAGAAAAAAACGAAAAGAUAUCAAUACUAUUGAUGAUGCUGUGAGACUUUUACAAGAAUGCAGAAAAAUAAUGGUCUUGACUGGAGCUGGGGUGUCUGUGUCUUGUGGAAUACCUGACUUUAGAUCAAGAGAUGGCAUCUAUGCACGCCUUGCCGUAGACUUCCCAGACCUUCCAGAUCCUCAAGCAAUGUUUGAUAUAGAAUACUUCAGAAAGGAUCCCAGGCCAUUUUUUAAGUUUGCAAAGGAAAUCUACCCAGGACAGUUCCAGCCAUCGCUCUGUCACAAGUUCAUAGCUUUGAUGGAUAAAGAAGGAAAACUACUUCGCAACUAUACUCAGAACAUAGACACGUUGGAACAGGUUGCAGGAAUCCAAAGGAUAAUACAGUGUCAUGGUUCCUUUGCAACAGCUUCCUGCCUGAUCUGUAAAUACAAAGUUGAUUGUGAAGUUGUUCGAGGAGAUAUUUUCAAUCAGGUUGUACCUAGAUGUCCCAGAUGUCCACCUGAUGUUCCGCUCGCUAUCAUGAAGCCAGACAUAGUGUUCUUUGGAGAGAACUUACCUGAGCAGUUCCAUCGUGCCAUGAAGUAUGACAAAAAUGAAGUUGAUCUCCUUAUUGUCAUUGGGUCUUCACUGAAAGUAAGACCAGUAGCAUUGAUUCCAAGUUCCAUCCCCCAUGAAGUGCCUCAGAUCUUAAUUAAUAGGGAACCUUUGCCUCAUCUACACUUUGACGUGGAGCUUCUUGGAGACUGUGACGUUAUUAUUAAUGAAUUAUGUCAAAGGCUAGGUAGCGAAUAUACAAAACUUUGCUACAACUCAGUAAAACUUUCAGAAAUAACAGAAAAGCCUCCACGAACGCACAAGGAGCUCGAAAUGCACUCAUCUGAGCUACCGCCUACCCCUUUAAACAUUUCAGAAGGCUCUAGUUCACCAGAAAGAAUGACUCCCCCAGAUACUUUGGUGGUGUCCUCAGAACCGCCAGCUGAAUGUAAGGUAGAAAACUGUAAUCCUGCCUCAGAAACUAAAGGGAGCUGCACAGAAGAAAAGCUUCAGGACACACAAACAUCAUCAGAAAACCCUGAAAAUCCUACUAGUGAACUAAUGGACUCUGAAACAAUGAAGGAAAAUGGAUCUAACAAUGGAGACAAUAAAGAAAAAACUGAAAUAGUGAAGAAGUGCUGGGUAAACAGAUCUGCAAAAGAACAGAUUAGCAAAAGGCUGGAUGGUACUCAGUAUCUAUUUUUGCCACCGAAUCGCUAUAUUUUCCAUGGUGCUGAGGUAUACUCAGAUUCUGAAGACGAUAUCAUAUCUUCUAGCUCUUGCGGGAGCAGUAGCGAAAGUGGUUCAUGUCGUAGUCAGAGCUUAGAUGUGGAGGAUGAGAGUGAGAUCGAAGAGUUUUACAAUGGCAUAGAAGACGAGGAUGCUCCAGAAAGGGAAGAGGAACCUGGAUUUGCGGAAGAUGGAGUUGAACAAGAUGAAUCGGCGGCUGAUGAAUCAGCGUAUACAAAUGAAGCUGCAGGGACUGAUCAUCCAAGCAACAAGUUGUAAAGUGAUCACUGACUGGUUACAGGAACUUUCCACCAGCAUUAGGAGCUUUGGCAUGUCAGAAUGAAUGUUUACGUCUGAAUUUAGAGCAACAAAACCAUAAGGAUGUAGUGUUUAUAAACAACUAAAACAGAUUUUCAUGCUUAGUUUUUUACCUUUUUCAAUAAAAUUCUAUUACUGCGCA